AGUUGGAAGGGAAAUUAAAAAUGGUAGCCCAUAGUAUAUACAACAUAAAUUGAUUCCGGUCUAAGAAAGACAAGAAGAACAAACCUUAUUCUCCUAUUCUGGCAAUACUAAAUUUCAGGAAUUUUCUAUACAAAUAAAUACACAUACCUUUCUUUUCUGCCACACACCCUAUAUAAAAAUAGUACAAUGGAUGCUCUUGGAAUCAUGUUUAUCCCCUCAAAGUUUUUAUAUUAAUAAUUCUCAUUCUCUCUCUUUCUCUCUCUCUCUUAUAAUUCUGACUUGGCCGGGGUUGUAAUUAAAGAGUGGAGGUUACCCCAAUCAAUCAAAAAGCUCAAAGCACAAGACCAAGGCAACAUGGGCAGGGCUCCUUGCUGCGACAAAGCAAACGUGAAGAAAGGACCAUGGUCUCCAGAAGAAGAUGCUAAGCUCAAAUCUUACAUAGAAAAACAUGGCACCGGUGGUAACUGGAUUGCUUUGCCUCAAAAGAUUGGCUUGAAGCGAUGUGGCAAGAGUUGCCGCCUUAGGUGGCUAAACUAUCUUCGCCCUAAUCUCAAGCACGGUGGUUUUUCUGAAGAAGAAGACAACAUUAUUUGCAGCCUUUACGUCAGCAUUGGAAGCAGGUGGUCGGUGAUUGCAGCUCAAUUACCAGGAAGAACAGAUAAUGACAUAAAGAACUACUGGAACACGAGGCUUAAAAAGAAGCUUCUGGGGAAGCACCGAAGAGAGCCACGUAAUAGAGGCAACUACAACAGUAUUAUCAAGCAAGAAAGUGAUGUUAAUAGACGGAGUAGUACUGAUGGUGAUUCUUCAUCCUUAUCCUUGGUUCAUGAAAAUAAUAGUACUACACAACAAUGUUGGCCCCAGAAUAUUAAUAUGCCUGUGCUGCCACUACCCUUAACAUUACCAUUACCCUUGCCAUAUACAGACCAUGGUCCAUGUUUCAACGACCAAGAUUCUAUCAGAAAACUCCUCAUCAAACUCGGAGGCAGAUUUUCAGGUGAUUAUUACCAUCCUGCCCUUGAUGGCUUGAAUCUUGAACUCUCAGAUGGGCAACAAAGUUUUCAAGAUCAACAACUCCAUGUUGGUUCUUCUUCUUCUUCUGUUUGCACUACCACCACUGUUAACAUUAGCAAUAAUGAGGUUCAAUUUGCACAAAGUGGUGAUCAAUGUCAAUACUUUAGUGCACAGGGUUCUGGAGUUAACACCUUGUUGCAAGGACAUGGUAGUAAUUUCACUCCAUCAAUUGAAGAACUAGUGCCUUCUUCAAAUUUUCCACAAGGGUUGGAGUUCUUGUACGGAGAGGGCAUGAUCGACCAUAAUAAGAUAAUAGAAUCUACCACAAAUUGGGGUGAAACUAGCACUUCCAUUUAUCAUCAUAAUUCUCUUGCUUCAAAUUGUCAAGGUUUGGAAGAGUUUAGCUACCCCGGGGAGCAAUGACAUGAUUUUGUACAUUGUUAUUUUUAUUAUUAUUAACCGCUGCUACUAGUUAUUUGUGCCGACAGAAGUCACAUUUCACAAAUGCAGAUUAAUCGUUGAUAUCAACUUUGAGAUAUUCUGUCAACAUGAUUACGAAAAAAAAAAUUGUUACAAGGGGUUGUAAUUGAUUAUUAUAGAAAAUAAAACUAGUUAGAUAUAUGUGUAUAUAUUUAACUAGCUAUGUGUAGCUAUAUUUCUGCUUAA